CAGAGAUAUGGCUACAUAUGGUGCAAUAUGGUGGUACCAUGCAGACUUGUGAGUCUUAAUUUGUGGUCUUAUGUGUUUUUGUUUUGUGACUUGUGAUGAAGACUAGGCUAGGAUAUAGGAGAAAGGAGAUUAAACGUGAAUAAGCGAAUGUCACAGGUCACAUACACGAUCAGUGUUAUCUGUUAUGUAUAGGCGCCCGAAGCAGGGGGGUUACCCCCGAGAUUCCAAUGGAGCUUAAAAUUUCGAGGUAGGAGAAGCGUACAAUUCUUAAGCUGGCUACACACGAUCCGGCAGGCCUGUCAGUUCGAACUGAACAGACCGCCUGAAGACCAGUCGCCUGAUGGACUGACCACCAUCUACACGUUCAGGCGAAUAUGAAAUAUCAGUCUCAAUCAUCAUAUUAUGGCCUCCACUGACGACGACGCGUUAGCACUUCUCCGCUUAGUAGUUGCUUUGGGUGAAAAGAAAUCAAAAAAAAAAAAAAACGUACGGUAUGGUGUAAAGAUUGGUUGAAAAAAAGGAACGUUUUUUCUCAUGUGAAUUUGCUGAAUGACCUGAAGUUAGCUCCCAAGGAUUGGCACAAUUAUCUACGUAUGGAUGAAGUUACGUAUCUGUAACUUUUAUCAUUGGUAGCACCUUUGAUAGAAAGAAAAUACACUGUAAUGAGAGAAGCAAUCCCAGCACACGAAAGGCUGACGGCAACUUUGAGGUUUCUAGCUACUGGAAGAACCUAUGAGGACCUCAAGUUUUCCACUAUUAUAUCACCUCAAGCUCUGAGUUACAUUAUUCCUGAAACUUGUGAAGCAAUAUGGGAAGUUCUACGCAAGGAUUUUAUGAAGUUUCCACGACUAGAACAAGACUGGAGAAACAUUUCUCAGAGCUUUGAUGAACUCUGGAACUCUCCUCAUUGCCUUGGAGCCAUUGACGGCAAGCAUGUGAGCAUCGUCCCCCCAUCUGGAAGCGGAUCGUACUAUUAUAAUUAUAAAGGUUUUCAUAGCAUGGUGCUAUUAGCCUUAGUUAAUGCAAACUAUCGUAUUUUAAUGUGCGAUUUCGGAACAAAUGGCAGGGUGUCUGAUGGUGGUGUAUUACAAAAUACCAAAUUUUUUGAAAAACUACAAAAUAAUCUCCUGAAAAUUCCUGGAGAAGAAACCAUACGGAAUACUUACAGAAGCCUACCAUAUGUAUUUAUAGGAGAUGAUGCAUUUCCAUUGAGGGUAGACCUGAUGAAAAGUUUUCGACAGGCAGCCUUGACUUCUAGGGAGAAAAAAAUUUACAACUACCGUUUAUCACGAGCAAGUCGUAUUGUCGAAAAUGUAUUUGGAAUAUUUGCUGCCAGAUUUCGGAUAUUUCACACUUGCAUUAAUUUGGAACCGCGAAAUAUUGAAUUCGUUGUAAUGGCUUGCUGCAUGUUAGAUAACUUUUUGAUAGCUAAUUCAUCAAGAACAUAUUUAUACUCCUCCAGAGUGCUUUGACUAUGAUGAUACGGAAGAAGGUGUGACACAUUUUGGAUUGAAUUCACAAGGUUCUAAUAUGUCUAGGUUGCAACGAAGACCAUUUGGAAAUACAGUGAAUGCAGCAAAAGAAGUUAGGGAGGCCUUUAUGAGUUAUUUUACGAAUGAAGGUAAAGUUUCUUGGCAAGAUAGAUUCAUCCAAUAAAAACUUACCUACUAAUAAUACUAUUGUAUAGGGUGGUCCAAAUUGGUUGCUCUCUUAUGGGAGCACCCCUUAUUGAAAGAAAUCGACUAAAUUUUAAGAACGUCCCCUGGCAACAAAACGAUUACAAAUUGCAAAAUUUUGUUUGCGCCAAUUACUUUUUUUGACCAAUUUGGACCACACUAAAAAUACACAAAUUACCUACAAAUAGGUACUUAUUUACAUUAUGAAAAAUGUGUGUUUAUUAAAUAAAUAAACAAAUUAUC